UUCAACCCAGUCAAUCUCCCCCUCCGCAAUGCAUUCCUUCCAUCACCUAAUAUUGUUCCACCACGAUUGAUCGAUCAAUCGAAUUCACCAUCUCCAUUUACUCCUUCCCAUGCCUAGCCGCCGCUAAACUCGUCGCCCCGUCCAUCCUACCGUUUGCCGCAGCCCCUGCCGUGCUCUUUUCCGAGUCCGCUCUUCCAAGGCUUCCGUGGAAGAGCAAGCCUAAUUUUCUAGCCGUUUCUUUCACUUUCUUUGGGGUUUGCGUUUGAAUUUCCACUCCUCGUCCUCGUCUCGUCUCGUCUGCCGCGAGAGCUCGCGCACUUGCAGCCGCCGUGUUCAGCAUCAGCGUACGUCUCUGGGACGGAUUCCGCAGCAUUGAGCCCCCGUUUUGUGCUUGCCUGCCCCGGCACCAUGUGCGGAGCGUGGUGAAUUUGGCUCCCGUGCAGCUUUCGGUGUGGAUUCGCUUCGUAUUGGAGUCGGGACUGGGAGGUCUGGAUAGGGCGGCGGAGCUUCUGCUAACUGCGGAUUCUGGUCCUAGCGGAGUCGGCAGGGAGGGCUGGAUUCCCGCCCGACUUGAGCCGUUUUUUCUCAGUGUGGUCGAACGGCGAGGGGCUGAGCAUCGCUGGCGUGAAAUGAAAUGUGUCGAGGGGUGUUUGGACAGAGUGCGUCGGAAUGCCACAUUGUGCUUUGAAGCUUGUGGUCGUGUUUUAAUUCCUUUGGGCGGGAAAUAGAGCGUGUGUAGCUUGCAGAUCGGACAGGUAUCGUGUGAAUUUGGCCGUGAGAGGCUUUGGAGGAUCCUGGCUGCGACCGGUGAGAGGCAUUAGAAACGCUAUCGGCCACCUUGGCUUGGUUGGAGGUCGCAUGUUGGCCAGAUCGGGUUGCAUUGUAGUGUCGGAGGAGGUACGGAGUCGAGCGUUCUCUGGAAGCUGUAAGAACUUUGGCGAGUGCGAAAGCGGAGGUGGAAUAUGAGGUCGUAUACUUAGUGAACAAGGCGAGGCUCUGCAGAUAAGAGGCGCAAGCUUUGGACGAGCGGGCAUCAUGCAGGUCGGCAGCCGCCUCGGCAGUCCGCGGGCAAUUCGAUGGCGGAAGGGGGAGCUAAUUGGAGCAGGAGCAUAUGGGCGAGUGUACAUGGGCCUGAAUUUGGACUCCGGCGAACUGAUUGCAGUGAAGCAGGUGUGCAUUGCACAGAACAACGUCACCAAAGACAGGGCUCAAUCCCACAUUCGCGAGCUGGAGGAAGAGGUGAAGCUUCUCCAGAACCUGUCUCAUCCCAAUAUCGUGCGUUAUCUGGGAACUGCUAGAGAGGAGGAAGCUCUGAACAUUUUCCUUGAAUUCGUUCCUGGAGGAUCGAUUGCCUCUCUCCUGGGAAAAUUUGGCUCCUUCACGGAGACCGUCAUCCGGAUGUAUACCCGCCAGCUGCUCCUUGGACUGGAAUACCUCCAUAGCAACCAUAUCAUGCAUCGGGACAUCAAGGGUGCGAACAUUCUGGUCGACAACAAAGGGUGUAUUAAGCUCGCUGAUUUCGGUGCAUCUAAGAAAGUUGUUGAGCUCGCUACCAUCUCCGAAGCUAAAUCCAUGAAGGGGACGCCUUACUGGAUGGCUCCUGAGGUCAUUCGGCAGACUGGUCACAACUGGCAGGCCGACAUGUGGAGCGUUGGGUGCACCGUCAUAGAGAUGGCGACUGGCAAACCUCCCUGGAGUCAGCAGUUUCAAGAAGUAGCAGCGCUGUUUCACAUUGGAACUACCAAGUCUCAUCCUCCCAUUCCUGAGCAUCUGUCUGCGGACGGGAAAGACUUUCUGUUAAAACUUUUACAGAGGGAGCCUCGGUUGAGGCCGAGUGCUGCAGAGAUGUUAAAGCAUCCAUUUGUACAGAACUACGAGAUAUGCAGUGGACGGGAAGGGGGCGAAGGGGGCGAGGGUGGUCAGGUGUUGGAAGGGCAUUUGGAGCCGACAAAUGAUGGGUGCAGCGUGAGAACGUCGAUGUCUUUCCUGGAUUCGUUAAGAGGUUCAUUACGACAGAGCGGUGUGGGAUUCUGGAAGCCGGGUGGUGUAUCUGUGAAGGAGCUCUCAUUUUCCUUCAAGGACCCUCGAGCGUCCUUCAAAAAGUACUUGAGCAUGAGCAGGGGCGGGAAUACUUAUGGCGAGGAUAUGAAUUGUUCGGUGCGUUUGGAUUCUGUGCGGAUGGAUUCCUUGAGGAAUUCAAUGAAGUUAGAUUCUGUGAGGGAUUCUGUCAGGUUGGACUCUUUGAGGGACUCCGUUAGGUUGGACUCGGUUCGACACGAUACGUGGAGCGAGAGUUUUAAUCCCGUUUCCGAGCCUUCAUUUGUAGACAACAACAAGUGGCGGUUCAAUUUGACAACAAACGGUGGAUUUUCUGUAAGACCUUCGGCUGGUAACGGUGCAGAGUGUUCGGAGAACCGUGCGGUUGUACGGCAGAGUCAAAGUGAGAGGGGUUGGUCUUUACGGCAGGAGGAUGAAGAGGAGGUUACGGAGAGCAAGAUUCGUGCGUUUUUAGAUGAGAAGGCUCUGGAGUUGCAGAAGCUCCAAACACCCCUGUACGUGGAGUUUAAUGAUUCUUUGAGAGCCUCCGUGUUUCAUGGCAACGGAACUUCAGCGGCACCUGCGGAGAGUUUCGUUGCGCCUUUGAGUCCCGCUAUAGCUAAGCAAUCUACACGCAGUACAAGUAAGUCACCUAGCAAAGCCAGCAAUGGGAACGGAAGGCCAGCGGGUACUCGCAGCAGCCAAGAGAGUGAAACCAGUGUAGACUCCGAUAACACAGGUGGGGGCACAGGUCCUUCUACAAGUGUUAGCUUCAACCCUCUUCUGGAGAUACCAUCUCCAAAGUUGAAUGAGCUGAAGGGGCUGAACCCUGAUGCCCGGCGGUCUUCGUCCAGUCCUGGUCUGAGUUCCAGUGAGCGCCAAAGGUUAUGGAAAGAGGAACUUCAGCAGGAACUUCAACUGAAACGGGAAGAGAAACGCAAGCACAUUCAAAGGGUUCCUCCGUUGUCUCCGUCUCCUAAUUCGAGAGUGCAUCAACGUCCAGGUAGCAGUCGAUUAGCCACUGUAUCUCAGUUAUAGAAAGUUAUGAUGGUACUCUUGCCUCGAGGAGUUGGAUGUCAUGAUUUAUUAGGUGGAUGUGUGGCGCAUUUCUUGUCACUAAUUAGUGGAACGUCUCACAGCAUUUGCGCACCCGUUAGCUCGGCCCAGCCAAAUGGUCGGCAUCUGGUCCCCUGACGCUUUUCUUUAGAUUUGUAAACUUGUAAUUUUCACGUCGCAAAUAAAUAUUAGUGGGUGAAUGGACCUGGAUUGGUGUA